UUAUCUCCCUUUUACAAUGUUAUUUCCAGUCAAGAUUGCCUUUUUUGACGGAGACAAAGCAAGGAAGUAAACAGUUGCAAGUUGGAAGACAAUGAUAAGACUACAGUCCAGUUGCCAAAAGCAAAGGGCACACAAGAAAGUACACUAAGAAAUUAAAUGUCGAACAAUGAAAAUACAGCAAGCUCCAUAAAUGACCACCUUAAUGAGACUAAAGGUCAGUUAAUGCGGGAACACGUCUCCUUUGAUGAGACUAAAGAUCAUUUAAUGGAGGAACACAUCUCCCUUGAUGAGACUAAAGGUCAUUUAAUGGAGGAACACAUCUCCUUUGAUGAGACUAAAGGUCAUUUAAUGCAGGAACACACAUCUCUUGAUGACACUAAAAGUUAUUUAAUGGAGGAACACAUCUCCUUUGAUGAGACUAAAGGUCAUUUAAUGGAGGAACACAUCUCCUUUGAUGAGACCAAAGGUUAUUUAAUGGAGGAACACAUCUCCCUUGAUGAGACUAAAGGUCAGUUAAUGCAGGAACAUAUCAUAUCUCAUGAUGGAGAACAUAUGUUUAUAAAGUUAGAGGCACAUAUGACAGCACAAAUGGAAGAAAAGCCUUUUAAAUGUGGUAUAUGUGGUAAAGGGUUUAGUAAGAAAGAAGUGUUACAGACCCACAUAAGAAUACACACUGGUGAAAAACCUUAUAAAUGUGAGGUAUGUGGUUUAGAGUUUAGUGACAACGGUCCUUAUUAUAGACACAAGAGAACACAUACUGGAGAAAAGCUUUUGAAAUGUGAUACAUGUCAUAGAGAAUUUAGUGGGGAGCAAAGAUUACAGGCACACAUCAGAAAACAUACUGGAAAUCCAUGUAAACCAUAUAAAUGUGAUAUGUGUGGAAGAGAGUUUGGUAUGAAUAACCAAUUCCAGACACACAUGAGAACACAUACAGGUGAUAAACCUUUUAAAUGUAGUGAAUGUGGUAAAGGGUUUAGUCGGAAACAUCAUAUGCGGGAACACAUGAGAACACAUACUGGUGAUAAACCUAAUGAAUGUGAGAUAUGUGGGAAAGCUUUUAGCCAUGGUGGCACCUUACAUAGACACAUAAGAAUACAUUUUGGUGAUAAACCUUAUAAAUGUGAUGUGUGCGGUAAAGAUUUUAAAGAAAAAAUAGUUUUAAAGCACCAUAUGAGAACACAUACUGGAGAAAAACCUUAUAAAUGUAAAAUAUGUGGUAAAGAGUUUAGUUUGAAUUGGAACUUAAAGGACCAUAUGAGAACACAUGCAGGAGAUAAACAUAAGUAAUGUGAUAUAUGUUGUAGAGGAUUUAAUUUGAAACGGACAUUAAAGAAGCACAUGAAAACACAGAAAAGGGAUAAAGCUUAUAAAUGUGAUGUUUGUGAAUGUUGCAUACUUUUGAUAUUUGUGUUCAAUGUUUACUUUAUUUUAUUCAUGCGUCUCUGAUGAGUCUUGCUGGCAUAUAACAUAAAAAAAGUCUGG